GCGUGCGCGCGGCCUGCGCGCGGGCCCUGCGGCCUAGGCGGCCCGGCCGCCUUUACUCGCCUGUCUCCGUCGACAACUCUCGCCGAAUCGGGGGCCGUGUGACCACUGCGUCCCUCGCCGCUGCUUUCUUCGGCCGAUUGUCGUCUCUUUAGACCGUCGGUGUGAGAAAAUUGGCCCCAUUCAUUGGUCACCUUCUGAUUUUUUUUUCUUUCACCCCCCCCCCUCCCCGAGCCUCGCAUUUGCUCCUUUUUGAGCGACAGAUUGGAAAAUGUUGCAAAAUCUCGUCGACACUGAGAUCUUUUAAAAGGGACAAAAAUCAUCUGGAAGAAGUCAUGUCUACCACAGAAAGUGAUGGAUUUGUUAUCCGUGUCCGUGGACUACCAUGGUCUUCUGCUGCUGAGGAAGUGAUGCGCUUUUUUUCUGACUGCAAAAUCCUAAAUGGAAUUUCUGGAAUUCAUUUUACUUACACCAGAGAAGGCCGACCAAGUGGGGAAGCAUUCAUUCAACUAGAAUCUGAAGAUGAUGUCAAAAUUGCAAUGAAAAAAGACAAAGAAAGUAUGGGGCAUAGAUAUGUAGAAGUAUUUAAAUCUAACAACAUUGAAAUGGACUGGGUUUUGAAGCACACUGGCCCCAAUAGCCCGGAUUCAUCAAAUGAUGGCUGUGUUCGUCUUAGGGGAUUGCCAUUUGGCUGUAGCAAGGAAGAAAUAGUACAGUUUUUUACAGGGUUGGAAAUCGUGCCAAAUGGGAUAACAUUGCCGAUGGACUACCAGGGGAGGAGCACGGGGGAGGCCUUCGUGCAGUUUGCCACACAGGAUAUAGCUGAAAAGGCUCUAAAGAAACACAAGGAAAGAAUAGGGCACAGGUAUAUUGAAAUUUUCAAGAGCAGUCGGGCUGAGGUGCGCACCCAUUAUGAUCCUCCCCGGAAAUUAAUGGGUGGUCAAAGACCAGGUCCUUAUGACAGACCAAUGGCUGGGAGAGUUUAUGGUAUUCCCAAUCGUGCUGGAUCUUAUGAGAAGAUGAGACGUGGAGUGUAUGGUGGUGGUUAUGGAAGUUACGAUGAUUACAAUGGAUACAGUGAUAGCUACGGCUAUGGGUCUGACCAUGGAUAUGGACGAGAUAGGGGAUUGUCUGCACAAGCAUAUGGAAGCACUGAUUCUACCUUUCAAAGUACAACGGGUCAUUGUGUGCACAUGAGAGGACUGCCUUUUCGAGCUACAGAGAAUGAUAUCUGCAAUUUUUUCUCACCACUGAACCCAGUCCGUGUCCACAUAGAAAUUGGAUCUGAUGGUAGAGUGACAGGAGAAGCUGAUGUUGAGUUUGCCACCCAUGAGGAUGCUGUGGCUGCUAUGUCAAAAGACAAAGCUCAUAUGCAGCAUAGAUAUGUAGAACUCUUCCUGAACUCUACUUCUGGAGGCAGUGGCAGUAGUUAUGCGGCUCAAAUUGCAGGACUGGGAAGCCAGUCAAGUUAUGCAAGCCCAAGCUAUGGUAGUCCUAGCAGUCAACAGAUAAGCACUGGAUAUGGUGUUUAUGGAAGUCAAGCCAGUAUGAGUGCAUAUGAUUACUUUGCAGGUAGUCAAGCUGGAAUGAAUGGAAGUUACUUCGGAACUGGAAGCAGAGGAUCUAUGGGAAUGAAUGGCAUGGGUGGAAUGUCAAACAUGAGUGGUGGUUGGGGAAUGUAACUCUUCAUUAUUUAACAGAUGUGAAUUACCAGCUUAAACUUGGUUAUGCUUAUGAAAUGUGAAUUCAGUAUAUGCAUUCCUUUCAUUAUGGCUAGAAUUCAGCAUAAGCCUUUUCCUAUGUUGACAGAUUCUAGGGUGGUACCAGUGUGUUCAUCCCCUGACUUUAGUUUGAGACAUGUAUCAUUUUGGUAUUUGGGCACUAGUUAUUGAAAUUUGCAUGUCACAACCUGUUACACAAGUGCAGUAUGCUGCUGUGGGCUUGAUUAAUGCAAUUGUAUUGUCAAGUGCAUAAAGUACAUUGCAUCUUGAUGUUGCUGGUACCAAUCAAUUAUCCUUAAGGACUAAUCCACUUGAAUUCCCAAUACUAUUAUGGGAUUGGAACCCCAAUGUUAAGUUUAAUUGGCUGUGUAGUAUGGUUUACUGUAUAAAAAAAUGUAAUGUGUGGUAGUACAUUAAAUAUACAAAAUUCAUUAAAACUAUAAACACUGGUGGGUGUAAAGUGAGAACAAUUAUGUGCUUAUAUUUGUUGCUUGACUUCAUUUUUUUUUUAUUUGUCCAAGAAAAGUCUCUGGUUUACUUUUUUAGAAAGUCAAAAUGAUGAGAAGCAUUUUUGGAUGCUCUAUGGCAAAAUAAAAUUUAAUGUAGAAUUUUUCUUUUAGACUGUUAUUGUAGGGUUUAAUCUUGAAGUCUUAAACAUCUGAGACUUCAUGGUAUCUGACAAGUCACUUUUGUUCAAAUUUGUAAGGUGCAAAGUGGAAAUAAACUCACUCAAUAAAGCUUUGCUGUUUUUAAA